AUGUUUAAAGGCUUGAUGAGGCGCUCAUCGUCCUCGUCGACUCCUGACGGGCGCAACCAGUCCAGUUCCAGUGGCAAGAAGUCCAGCGGCAUCUGGCGCAAGAAAACCGAUUCCAAGUCCAAGGUUACCUCGCGCGGUGACGACCGUGAUCGUAGUCUAGGAGACUUGCCGACGGAUUCGGCACCGCCUUCGUCUGGCCGCCGGAGCUAUGAACCCAGUGUUGCUAGCGAGCCGGUCCCAAAUGUUGAUCGCGAUGCACGGGGUGCGCGCAGACGUGAUCGCGAACGGUCGUCCAGUCCAGAACCUGUGCCCAGGAGGCUGAACGGGAACCAGUCUCGGAGUCGGGAUGAUAGCGCCAACGAAGAGAGCAACCGGUGGAGAGAGUCACAGCGCUGGCCGUCUGGUGAUGUGUCUCUUCCCCCACUAGACACUGGUGCUGCACACACGACUUCUGAUCAAUUCGCUGCCGAUAUUGCGUCGCCUGGCUUUUCUCAAUUUCCUAUGCAAUACGAUAAUAAUUAUAAUUACGAAUCCCCUAAUUACAAUAAUCCUGUUUCGAUUCCGCCGCCGCUAAUGCCAAGCCAUCCCGAUUCGUCUCCUAUUUCGCCUGCCACGUUCGACCCUCACGUCCCGCAGCAAUUCCUAGGCCAAUUCCCCGACAAUACUGCAGAGCCCUAUCAUCCGUACAACAAUCCGGCUGGAGAGGCAGCAGAUUACUACGGUGACCAGGGGCAGUCGGUUCAGAACCAACCAGGUGUUCGCCCCAACCCGCCUCUGGUCAUUCCCAAUAGCCAAGCACAUUUGAUGCCCGCUUCUCCGGGCGCCAACCCACCUCCAGAGCCUAGUAGCAUGGGACAAGUGGGCUCCGCGGCGGAAUUCUAUGCUGAUUCUCCAGACCUGGAUAAUCCGGUUCCCCAACAACAACCGCCCGCGGAACCUCCCAAGCCUUCAGAGCCAAACAAACCAUCUGCUGCCCCUGCCGGUAUUCCUAGUGGUUCGCCCAGCUAUGGUACUCCAGACUCUCCUGUGCCGCCUGAGGCACCUGGAUCGACCGGUACCCAGCCUGUGGGAUACACUCAAAACAGCCCUACUCAAUCUCAUAACAUGGGUCCCACCAUCGGAGCGGCAGCAGCGGCAGCAGCAGUGGGAUACAUGGCAAAUCACUACCAUAACUCAUCGACGUCGAGUUCUGAGCAUCCUUUGCCAUCGUCGUAUACGCAGAAUCAUGAGCCUUACUCUCCUAUAGGCCAGCCAGGUCCAGCCAUAUAUCCAAAUCCCGCCUUGAAUAACCCCAACCACGCUUCUCACCCAAAUCACCCAGACCAUGAAGCCGUUUAUCACCCAUCUCCGUUUCAUUCGGGUGGUUUGGCGUUUCAACAGCGACAGCGAGGCCCCCUGGAAAAGUUUAUCGACUUCUGGAAGGACCACGAGGCUGUUGGAAUGUACGAGGAAUACACAGAGGCCAUUGGGGUCUGCAAGUACUGCUUCGAGCCCGGUACCACCUCACGAGAUGCCCCGCGGAAGCAUAACUACCGGCCGCGCCGCCGCUCUUCAGAUCGCUUCAGCAGUGACUCCAGGGUGAACAAGUCGAGUCGCUAUUCGUCCCCCUCAGACGAGGGAUCUCGACGACGCAGGAGCUCAUCUAAGAGGUCUUGGUUUGGUGGUUUGUUCUCUGGAUCCGCGGCUAAAGCUUUGUUCGAGAGCCAGGAUUUCGAGGAUUCGUACAAUGUUCGACCAAGCCGAGUCAGCAGUCCGCGCCUUUCAUCCUCUGACAGCGAAAGUGAUUCGGACUGCAAGAGCAAGCCUUCACGUCGCCGCGGGCGCUCUUCUCUCAGUCAAUCACCAGGCGGUAGCAGGCGCAACUCUUAUUCGGACCCGAGGAGGAGCAGAUACGAAGGACCACGUUUGCGAUCUCGAUCUCGAUCUAGCUCCGACUCUCGAUCCAGGUCCUUGUCCCGAUCGGACCGUCACUCCCCUGUUCGCGAUUUUGCCCUCGGAGCUGCGGUUGGUUCUGUUGCCGCGGCAGCCACAUCCCGCCCUCAGAAGAAGCGCAGUCGCUCCCCGAAAAGGAAAGGCAAGGACCGAAAGGAAUCGACUACGGAGGAUUCUUCGUCUUCUUCCUACCUCGAUAUCUCAAGACCAACUACCGCGGGGAGCUUGGGAUCUUUUUUCAAUGCCCCUUCUGAGAACACGAAGAAGCUUAGGCCCAGAUCGCGAAAGGGUUUCUUCCCAUUUAGUAAUAAUAAUUCUUCCUCUUCGUCCUUGGAUGAUGAUCUUGCAUUCGGAACGGCAUAUGCAAAAAAGCCCAAGAAAUCGAAAAAGGGAAAAGGGAAGAAGAAAGAUGAGGACGUGAACGCGAAACUUCUUGAAUUGAGUGCCAUGGCUACGGCAUUGGCCGGAUCCACUCAAGGCCGCCGGUCUGGUGAAAUUCUCGCCGGCAGGAAUCCGCGGUCGCGUCGGCCUCGGAGCGUCCUGUCUGCUCCCAAGGAUGACGAAUGGGAAGAUUAUUCAGAAGGACAGGAAUCUAGCGUUAGUUCCGCGCUGGCGUUUGGUGGCAGCAGUCAAUAUGGCAGCAGCAGUAGCGGCGGCGAAGAUUCAUCCGACUCGGGGACAUCGAAGUGGAACUGGAGGUGGGGAAGCAAGAAGGACAAGAAAAAGAAGGAGCAAAAAAAGGACAGCCCAUCUCGCGGUGAUUUCCCCACUGGCUCCAUUCUUGCCAGCACUGCUCUUGGAACGGCUGCGUUAGCUUCGGGUUAUCGUAAAGAAGGGGAACACUUCUCCAGCCCCAGCAGCAGCAGCUCCGAAAGUUUACAACAACUGGAACCCAUCCCCGCCUCAGACCCUCCCCAUUUUGAUGCUAGUAGCUUCCCGCCAUCAUCUUCCGCCCAGGAGCCGGCUUUCAUUCGCCCCGGGCCGAUUCCGCUUCAACAACCUCAACCUGUAACACCGGUGUCGCAGGCUGUCUACUCGUCCCAGGGAGAGCCGGCUCCAGUGUACAAUGCCCCCACCGUCCCUCCGUUUUUUCCACCAGAUGCUUUUUACGACCCCGCGUCUGGGAGACGAGACGAGGCUUACCCGCAACGUAGCGACGUCUCUUCAAAUUGGAACCGCACUCAUCGGCGACGAGAGUCAUCCCCCGACUUCUAUCCCGGACCGUUUCAAGACUUCACGCCCUCUAGCUACAAACGUCGCCCGACAGACCAAGCGUCAGUCCAGUUUGACCUAACCGAGGAACAAAAAGACAAGGAGCGCCGUGCCGCCCGUCGCGAAAGAGAAAGACGUGAUAAUAACCGCGACCAAGACAUCCAACUUCUUGACCAUGAAAGUGAAGAAGACAACGAAUGUCGAGAACCACGUCGCAUGGAACGCCUGGAACUAGAGCCCGAGCGAGGAAGGAGCCGGUCCCGUUCUCGAUCAUCGACUCGCAGAGAUCGCUCGCCGGACCGUCGUCGAUGGGGCGAUGACGAUUCGUCAUCCUGGAUCGGCCCUGCCGCCGCUGGUACGAUAGGCGCUGUGGUUGCAGUUGCGGCUAUGCCGAGUGGGGCACCAAGUGAAAGCGCCUCUGAGAGUAGCCAGCGCUACAGGGAACGUAGUGAAAAGCGCCGUGCUGAACGAGUUCCUCCGUUUUCUGAGGUGGGAUGGGAUCGGCCUGCUCGUGCUGACGUUGAUGAAAGGCUCGAGUCACGACCAAAGCCUGCUAGUGCUGAGCCCAAGGAGGAGCCUCGAACACAGCAAAAGCCUGGUGAUGUUGAUAUUGAGGAUGAAUUCCAGAUAGCGCCGGAAAAUCAGUCAAGGCCUGGCAAGAACCCAACAACCAGGACACCACGCACGAAGCCUACGCACGAAAGCUAUGCCACGUACUUUGCUCCUCAGGAGGAGCGACACAGCCCUGAUGCACAAACGGAGCAUCGAGAGAACGCCACAAUGUCUACGAUACCUGAAGAUGAGCCGGAACCUCCGCCCCAGCAAGACACCGAGCCUCCGUCGAAAUACCUUGGAGAACUCCGCUGGACUGUUCCCCGAUUGAAUCUCAUCGAACCCACGCCUCCUCAUAGCCAGAAUGGGUCAGUAAGGGACGUCGCUUCUCCUGAUCCGUCCGCUGCAGAGCACUGCCAGAAGGAAGAAGUACCUCGUCGUGAACAAGGAUCGACAACUGGCUCUCGCGUGUCAUGGGGUGGAAACGAAACCCAUGAAUACGAAGUCCACUCGACAUCUUCUGAGCAAGACUCUGAUUAUGAGAUGGCUGAUGAACUCGAUGACAUGCAAAGGGAACCUGUUAAUCACGGGAUGGCUCAAGAACCUGUUGGUAUGCAAAGAGACCUUGUUGAUUACAAGAUGGUUCAGAAACCAGAAGGCAUGAAAAGGGAUCCUAUCCAGCAGGACAUCGAGUUUGCAACUAUUCUUGAUGCCACAACCAAGGACGCAGGCUUCGACCCGGCAAUUAUGACUGCUGAUUCUCACUACGAUACGCGCUCGUCACCACCGCAGGCUGAACACCACGAAUUCUCGGAAUAUGAACCCUCUUGGCAGAAACCUGCCCAUUACAUCCUCGAGCCUCAUGGGGCUGGCCGAGAUGAGGUCCAGACGCUUCCUGGCGAGGAAAGAGAGCCAGAGGUUAUGGAGUAUGCACCUGAGGUCAAGCGGCACAAGGAGGCUAUCGGACGCUUCAAUGCACCCAAGGCCAAAGAGACCAUGCCUGGUAGCUUUGAGGAAGAGUCAAUGGAGCCAACCGAAGGCCCAUCUCCUCGCCCGGUUGUCGAAGAAAAACGCCCCAGAGAAAACGACAGACUGUCCAGGAGGCGCUCAAGCCGUGACAGCGCUCGUGAUGACCCAAGGAAGACUGCAAUUGACGUCUCCCGGCCGGAGCCAAUCAGCGAGAAGCCGCUAAGUGAAAAGGAACAGGAACCAGUGAACAACGAUAUUCCAUCUAAAGAGGACCGCGACAUCAAGGUUCCAGGAGAGUUCGCGCCGAUUACACUUGCUAUUUCUCCUCUAGGGCCGAUUAGCGAAGAGCCCCGAAGCUCAAAGAAACAGCAGCCGGUGAAGAAUGAGACCCCCUGGGAGGAUUACCACCAAGCAGAAGCCCCUAGGGAGAGUGAACGUCCAGUUUCCCCGCCAUCACCAGGCAGCGGCUACCGCAUGAGCCAGGACGAUCUGAACAAAA